CCUCCGUUCCCAUGCCGCGUUGACGACGGCAGGCAACCGUCACUCAUCGAGAUCUGCACAAUCGGCCGACAUCUGCAUCACCGCAGCUGCGCCGCGAUGAUGAUCUUGUCUGAUCUGUCCCUCCCAUCCCUUGUUUCAAUCGCCCUCGUCGCCCUCCCCCCCUGCCUCUCUUUCACCCCCCUCCCCCUCGACGCAUCACGCACAGCGCUCUUUCCUGCGUCAUCCACCCACCUCCAUAGGAGGCACACAAGCGAUGCGGCGGCCUUUGCACCACUGGGUGUGCGGGGUAGGUCGUCGCCGCCCCUCCAUGCACUGGGAGGGAGGUGCCGUGUUGUGUCGAGUGGCGUGCUGCCGUCGAGUGUGCUGAUGAUGGCUGUAGAGGACCCGCAGAGCGCCCUUGACACGACAAGUGGGCAAGGAUGCAUGGAUGCACACAAGGGAGAUAUGACUACUCAUGGCUGUGUGCCCUCUGUCCACGUGGAUCAGGUACCACCGCCACUAUGGACGCGGGUGACGAGAUGGUCAUCCCGGCAGGCAGGGGCAGCCGCAAGUCUGCGAGGGCCAAGGUCAUUCUCAGGCCAGGUGAGAGAUGGAUGCGUUGGGGCACGACGAGGCAGGCAGGCAGUGAGCCAGUGAGAUGGAUCCACAGCAGCGGCGUUUGGAUGAUGAGCGCUUGAAGGUAGUGUUGUUAGCUCUGUCGUGAUAGAGCCAUAGUGGCAUGUUUCAUGCACACGCCGCGGUGGCUCAGGGACGAUAGCGAUCUUAGCCUGACACGCACCGUAUCAUGCCACCCACCCACACACCACGCACACGGCCUCUGGAUAACAUGCAACUGUGUGUAUGGUAUGUCUGGUGUGUGCAGGUGAGGGUCGUUUGGUGAUCAACGGUCGUGAGGGCGAGUCGUACCUCCAAAACAACGUCUGGUGGGUACAAGAAGUCAGGUCGCCCCUAGAGGCCACAGGUACGCCACCACGACACAGUCACCCGUACCGCCACACAUCAUGUGCCUUCACACAUCCUCCAUCCAUCCAUCAGGUCUUGAGAGUGAGUAUGACAUCAUCGCGUUUGCGCGUGGCGGCGGGUACGGCGGCAAGGCGGGGGCCAUCAAGAGUGCAUUGGCGCGUGCGUUGGUGGUGGACCGCCCAGAGCUGCGGCCGGUGUUGAAGAAGGAGGGCCUGAUGACCAUCGACUCGAGGCGUGUCGAGAGGAAGAAAUAUGGCUUGAAGAAGGCCAGGAAGGCGCCUCAGUAUAGCAAGAGAUAGAGAGGCGGUGUCAAGGGGCAGGGAGGUGUGGGUGUGGGCGUGCCUUGCGAAGCAACGAAUUUCGUGCUUGUUUGUACUACACACGCCGCAUGUCGUUUCCGCUGCUGCACUGUCUGUCGAAAAGCUGCCAACGGCUACGCCACUCUGCAUGCGCUUCUCGGCUGCUGUGCAGGGUGAGGUUGCCGAAGGCGGGCUGUUGGCGGGCAGUGCUAAGCGAGACGAAGCGACAGAUAGCCGGCCCAGUGAGAUUCACUCCUUCCGCUAGUUGAUGUACCCCUAUCUGUGCUGCUCUUGAGCGGGUGUCUAGUGGGGCCCAUCGACCAUCCUCUGUGUCGCUGGAACAAACGACACAGCGGAUGGUCGAGGGGCUUGUGCUGGGACACACGCCGAGAGGCAGCUGGCAAAGAACAGAGGCGUAAGGACGAUUGAUACACUCACUACUGUGCGUGGAUGAUGGCUGUUUGUUGUCUGUGGAAAUGAAGCUCAUAUGCAUCUCUUGUUG